UGGGCGUCUGGGAGCCAGCGGAGGAGGAGGAGGAGGAGGAUUUGGAUUUGGAUUUGGAGGCCGAGGCGGCGGAUCCGGCCCCAUGAGGAGCCGACAGAACCUGAACCGCGGUAGAGGCAGACCAACGCCUUACAGCAGGGUAUGAGAAAAUUAGAGGAAUGGGCAGAAAGAGGAAAAAAAAAAACCUCCGGCAGACCUGAAAAUGCCUGGGUAACAUCCUUCUGUUCUCCAGUAGGCUUGCUAGCUAACCCUCUAGCCAGUGUGCUAGUCAAGCGAAUAAAAUGAUUGCUAUGACCGCAGAGUUUCCCCACGUGGGAAACCUCUAUGGGUCGCGGUUGAGCAUUAAUGGAAGUUGUAUGCAUAGUGUGUCCCUUCUCCCACAACCCAUGUGUUGUUUUUCAAGAAGAGGCCUUUUGGAGAGAGCGAAUAUGUUAGCCACAGUGGCUAACUAGCUAAAGUUGGAUCGUGAAGGCCUCGGCGGCGCCAUUUUGAAUCAAGCUGCUUAAAUUAGAGAUAGUCGCCCUCGGUCAGUAGCGGCGCUUUCCAGCCCAAGUGUCAAUGUGAUGGUGUGAGGAAACCACGUCAACGAGAAAUUUCACCCGCAAAUGAUUUUUUUUCUCCACCACGUUUGGGAGCGUAGUGUCCCGGUGCAGCGACCAGGCGGCCUUUUGUUCGGGAGUGGCUGGCGGGGUUCACAACAAGGCCUGUUUGGUGGCGUUUCAACCAGUGGGGCUGUUGCCUGCGGAUGGAUCAGUGGACUUCAACCCCCCGCCCCCUGAUAGUGUUCAUAUAAGGCUAAUCGUCACUCCUUAAGUGUGAAUGAGUAUUUAGACAAACCCAGCGGAGCCCCACUCAAAAUGGCGUGGUCUCAAAAUGGACGCUCAAAUAAUCCACGCUCGCUUAGAAGGGGUAGCUGGCCGUAGUUGUUUUCUGAUCCACCUCAUCCUAUGGACACUUUCCCCUUCACGAAAGCCCUAUCGUGGCUUGGUAAAGAACUUUUGUGCGGGCCGGGAAACAUGGUGCAACGCUGGAGGCAACGCUGCUUCAGAUGGCGACCCCUGUGUACCCGAGGAGCGUAUCUGGAGAGCCUUUGGUGGAGGCGCAGAUGGCAAGAGAACAAUGGGCAAUCCUAAACAGCUUCCAGAUAAGUGGCAGCAUGACAUGUUUGACAACGGCUUCAGCGGCUUCAAUGGUGCUGCUGGGGGUGGCGGAGGAGCUGGUGUGGAAACUGGAGGGAAGCUCCUUGUCUCCAAUCUCGACUUUGGGGUCUCAGAUGCGGACAUUCAGGAACUUUUUGCUGAAUUUGGGACUCUGAAAAAGGCUGCAGUUCAUUACGACCGGUCAGGAAGAAGCCUGGGCACCGCAGACGUCCACUUCGAAAGGAGGGCAGAUGCCCUCAAGGCCAUGAAGCAAUACAAUGGCAUCCCACUUGAUGGGCGGCCUAUGAACAUACAGCUCGUCACAUCACAGAUUGACACACAGAGGCGACCUAUGCAAGGUCUGAAUAGAGGCGGUGGAGGCAUGAACAGAAAUCGUGGGGGUGGCUUCGGGGCCAUGCAGAGAGGAAGAGGAGGACGUGGUGCAGGCGGUGCCAGAGGAAGGGGCCGAGGUGGUCGUGGAGGAGGCGGUACUAGCAAGCAGCAGUUGUCAGCAGAGGAACUCGACGCCCAGUUAGAUGCCUACAAUGCCAGGAUGGACACCAGCUAAGAAAUGAAGCUGUCCACAGUUGUCGUCCCUUCCUGUCUGCACAGAAGGGUGGUUGUUACAAAUGUGCAGAAUAUUUUACACUUGGUUGUCUUCUGAUGUGAUUGAAAUUAUUGUUCCAACCUCUUCUUUUAAAUGCUCCGAAGUGUUUUUUACCAGUAUUUUUUUUUUUUUUUUCUUCCCUUUUUCUGAUGAAAAUGGUUUUGGCUGUAGGUAAAUGUGAAUUGGGUUCUCCCAGUUCUUUCCUCUACCCUGUAGUAAAUGGAACUUGUAAUAAACCUGCAGUGCAUAUUAACCAAA